AUAUGUGACCUGAGCUGCAAACCUAAUUCAGGCCUUUCCAGGGUAGCAGCUGCAAGGCAUUCCUAAACUCAAUACCUGUCCCUUCAUGUGAUCUGCACUUCAAACCGAAUUCAUGCCAUUGAGGGUAUCAGCUGGAAGGCAUUACUAUUCAAUUUGCAAAAUUCCACUACUAUUGAGUAAAGAUCAUUGAUGUGCUUGAGUCUUUGCUACUCUUGUACACAAGUGCAGCAGCAGAGCAGAGACUAAUUAUCUGAUGACAUCAGCAGUGCCACUAUGUUAAGUUCUGAAAACAAUAGAUAAUUAUGUGUGCUUUGUGUUAAGUGAAAAAUAUGUGAAUGAUCAGUGCAGGCACACCGUUUGACUCUGAGCUUGUUUCAUACUGAAAGGAUAUCUUUGGAAACAAAAGUUGAAUAUGUUAAAUAUAUCUGAUCUGUAACGAUUUCUUUUUGCAUGAAAAGAAGAUAAGAUCACAUUGUUUAAUUAUCAGUUUAAAUUAUUUACAUGCCGCGCCACUCAUUAUUAUUAUCUUUAAACUCUUAAGAUAAAAAAUCACAAGCCAGCCAUGUCUUUAUAUGAUAGUUUUAUAUCUAAACUUGACAUGACACUUGAAGAUGCAAAGCUGGAAACUAGGCCCCAAUCUCUCUGUUUAACAACUGGUUCCCAUGUAAGUGUUAACAGGGAGCCAGGCCAAUUGUCUGGUGCUAUCAGUGUUGACAUGGGGUAUGAGUUGUUUGAUAGAGAUGAGCAGGAGCGUCGUGAGGAAUACCGGGGCCGCGUGGAGAGGCACUACGGCCGCCUGGUGGAGGAGGAGCAGCUCUCACCACAGUCAGCCAGCCUGCUCAGUGACGCCUUCACAACUGCAGAGAUACAUGCAAAGUUUGGAUGCAACCUAGCUAGGACAGAGGGCACCCCGCAGUAUCAUACCGGCAUUGAUAAAACUGUCUGGAGGGAGAUAGAUCAUCAACGUUCAAAGUCCCUUGAGAGAUUAAAAUCCCAGCAAAAGGAUGUUUCUACUGAUAAAGAGGCUAAUAACAUGUGUAAUUAUCAGAACAAUAGUACAGUUCAAGUGUCAUUCCAUAUAAAUAGCAUGGAUUCAAAAUUGGAUCGAGAGAAUGUUAUUGAUUUGAAUUUCAAUAGAAGUUUGCUAGUGAAAGGAACUGGUCAGCUAAGUGGGAAUAUGGAAAUAGGUUUGCAAAAUUCGGAGUAUAAAGGUGACAUUUGUGACUCUAAAAAUGGUGCCAAAGCUGCUGCUGUUAAUGCUGAAAAUGUUGAAAGUAAAGAUUAUGAAUUCAUUAAUGCAGAAUCAAACAACAAUUCAUUUGAUGUUGUUGAUGAUAAUGAUAAAAACAUUAUGACCAAUACCUCGACACAAGUUUCAUGUGAUGAAAAGGGACAUUUUGGUGAUUUCAGUGAUACUUAUAUUCAGGAUGAUAAAUACAUUAAGGAAAAGGACAGCGAAAAUCUUAAUCUUGAGUCGGAACAAGAACUUUCCGAUGAUUCAGAUGAAGAGUUGAAUUUCUCUGACACUGGACAGAAGGAGAUUGUGAUCUCCCAAGGGGUUAUGGCUGUUGGAAAGAGUAUGGAAGCCUGGCUAUGCCCCCCAAGAGCUGGAGACUUGCAUCAGACCACUGAUCAAGAGCUAUAUUACAAGGAACAAAUGAAAAAGCACAAACAAAAACUGGCUUCACAGGAACGGAACAAAAUGACAGAACUAGUGAUACAGUGUUCUGGAAGACCCAGUGCCUCCCCAACACCCAUGGACUAUGAUGCUGAUGAGGAGAAUAGCAUCAGAGAGCCAGUGAGUGGGAAAUAUCCAUCCAGUGGUGAUGGGACUGACAGUAGUGACAGGGAAGAGGACCAGGGUGUUGACAAUUUUAAAAAGCAACAGAGUAGUGGGAAAAGGGGAAAUGGCCAAGAAGUUCAACAUGGCAAAGGCUUGUUGUCUGAUGAAAGACCUAUAAUUCCAUUUGAUUUUUCGAAAAAACUUCAGUUAAAUAGAAGUUCUUUAAGCAAUGACAAAACUCGCAUAGAUCCUUUAACCUAUCAGUCAUACACUGCAGGAUUGCUUCAUUCCAGUGGGAAAUCUGAGAAAUUUGUAAAAUUACAGAAGCACUUUUCUGUGCUAGCAAGGAUAGCAGCAAUUGAAGAUCAGACAAAGCUUUCUGCAAGUCAGUUGAUACGUUUCGGGGAGGACUUUAGUGAGUUAUAUACCAAGUAUGAUGGGCAGAGUGUUGAAGAGCUACAGUGGUUGUACCAGGAACUCAGCAAAGCCAGGAAGAAUGAGGAAUUUUUCUACGAUCUUCAAAAGUUGGCAGUCUAUCAGUGGAAACCAACCAAAGAUUUUGGAUUGAAAAGAAAAGGGAAGUCUCUGAAUGACCUGAAAAAAGUGUAUGAGCAAAAUGAUGAAGAGAAAAUGCAUCAAAAAGAAAAAAAUGAAUCCAAAAGUUUCUUUGAGAGUCAGAACGCCAAAAUGUAUAAGGGAGAGAAAUGUCCAAAACAAAAGAAUGCAUCUGCUGAUUACAUUGGUGAGAUGUCACAUGUCACUGCAAAGGUAGUUACAAUUUAUGGAACAAAUAUACCUGAACAAGUAGAUCCUUUUGAGAUUAAAGUGGAAGAAAGAAAAUGGAAAAAAAAGGAUUUGGAUGUGGUGUUAUCAGCUGAUAACUUGCAUGUUCGGCACCUGUCAGUACCAUUUUCCACUGCUCAAUCUCAAGGUCAUAAACGGUCGGAUUCAUCCACUGGAGCUCAGUUUUCAAAGCCAAAACCACCUGAGCCCAGACCCAAGCCCAAUGUUGCAGAAGUAACCCCUGUCCCAAGGCAGACGGCUAGGAAGCUGUCACCAGGUCCUGCAUUCUCCAAAAUCCUCUCAGGACCACAUGACUUUGCUAACAGAGUCACCACUAAUUCAGAUCCUGUGGCACGGCCAAUGCAAUCAAAUCUUCAGAUUUACAACUCACUGGAAAACCCUCAAUAUCACGCCACUGUUUCAUUGGAUGAGGGCAUCCCAGCUCGAAAGUUAUCACGUGGAAGAUCAAAUGACAGUUUUUUUAUUCAAAAGGAUGCAGAUGGAAAUUAUAUUGUCACCUCACUGGAUAGAUACAGAUCUGGAAGGAGUCCCAGGCAUUCCGUCACUGAAAGACCUAUAAUUAGCCACGAAAAUAUAGCUGUACAUCAGAUUGAAAGCCAUAGUUCACAGUUAGGUAAAGCUAUUUUUUUUAAUCCAUCGGAGCCUUCACUCAGAUUUUUCCAGCCUAAUUCACUUUUAGUAACAGCUUCAAAUAAGGAGUACCUGUGCACAGAAUUGUCAAGAUCACCAUCACCUAGAGUGUCUCAUGAGUGCAUGGCAGAAACAAUACUUGAAGAGCUAACCAUUUCAGAGGCUCAACCUCAGUCAGAGACACAUUUAAAUGUUGGAGAACAAUUUCCAUUGCAGCUACCACCACGUCCUGUCAGAAGAAGUAGUGUAGACAGAGGCCUUAGCAAUACUGUGGCAGCAGAUGGGAAGGCUUGGGAACAAACUACAUUGAAUUAUUACAGUGCAGAUAAUAUAGACACACCUUCUGAUCAGAGAAACAGUAGAAUCACUCGUAGUCAGACAGUUCCAGACCUUUUAGAUAAUCAGCUACACUUUCCAGUGGCCAGACCAGUAACUCAUGAUAGACAAAAGAGCAUCAGUGAUCAGUAUCUAGCACCAAUAGGCAAGCAAGACAUUAUGCAAUUUUCAUUUGAGCAUCCUUCAUCCAGUGUUUCCUUGUCAGAGUCAAAAACUGUUCCAGCAUUCAAAGUACGAGACUUGCGGCAUCUUGCCCAGGAUAAUGAGAUGUGUAAGAGUCAGUUUUAUCCCAAAUCCCUGCUGGCUUUUCACCAUAAUACGGCUGAGGAAACUGUGAUGGAGGCAUCAGAUGGUCCUGUUCCCCAGGCACCAGCUAUAGGGAAAAUGUUUGAGACAAAACCAAGGAUAAUCAUAAAUCAGUUCCUGCAUAUAGAUAAAACAGGUAAUAAUAGUGGUAUUAAUACUAAUUUAAAACCAAACACAUUAGAAAAAGGUGAAAACCGAUUGUUUGACAGAGAGAGCUACACUGAUAAACGUCGGAAUAGUGCCAGUAGCACGGAUACAUUCAUUGUCAAAGACAGUGAGGAUGAGACAGACUGCCCUCCUCUCAAUCUCACAUACACAAAAGAAAACUUCUUUGACUCAUUGAAAUCAGAAUCAACACCAGCUUUGACAGGGCAGUUUGGUCAGAUAAAACCAGUGUAUUCAUCAAAUAUGGAAAAAGGGACAUUUGAAGUAAAACCUCAUGAUCUGCACCAGAAACAGCCCCCAAAUAUACCAGAAAGAAACUUGGGAGCAAGCAAGAACAAACACAUGGAAAUGAAUGUCCCAUUGACUCCCCCUCCAAGUUAUCACAGUAAACAUCAAGGCUUUUCUUUCAAAGAAGAAAUUGGAGAAAGAAGUUGUGGUUAUUUGAAUGAUUGCUACGAUGAUUAUAUCCCAGUGGAUGGAAUUGUUAAGGAUACGAUGAAGACAUGUGACUUGUACAAAUAUUCCAAACCAAAGACAUUGACCAGGACUCCAUCCCAGGUCAGCAAAAUGACAAUGGACUACCUCCAGGAGAUUGAAAAAGAAUGGGCAUCAAGCAGUUGCAAGAAGUCAAUGUGGAACUCAGCAGACCACAAGGAUGCAACCAGUUUGCCAAGACCAGAAACUUGUGUUGGGUCUGAUAAGGCUGUCUCACCCAACAAGUGGGAGCCUGUACUAGAAACACAGGGUUGCAAUAUUUCACAAUCACAGAUUAAUCAUGACAUUAACAAGAGUGUUCCAAAAAUCGCACAGUAUGUUAAUGAGGAAACCUGUGCAAGACAGAUGGGUGUUGACUUUGUUAGUAACUUACAACCCAAGUCUUUAUUGACAAGAAAGUUGACCCCCUCAGCAGUGCCAACUCCAGCUACAAAAGCAUCAGCACAUGGUUCAGAUGGCAAACCUAAACUGUUGCCAUGGAAACAAGAGCAGUAUAGUGACAACAGUGUCUCUGUAGGCAAACUGAGGCAAGAUACAUACACAAACAAGGCAAGAGAUGGACAGAAACUACCAAACUAUUUGGAAACAAAUAGUUCAUCCCUGUACCAUUGUGAAAAAACUCCUGAUGAUAAUGGAAAUAAGCUGCUGGACAGUGUUGCAGUGCAGAAAACUGUAGGCCACAUUAAGAGAUCAGUUGAGAAACACCAUGGUGAACAGAGCCUAGACUCAUCCCUCUCUUCAAAUGAUCCAAUUAAAUCACCUGAUAUAAAUCAUCAGCCAAUAGCAAGCAUUGUUUCUUCACCUUACGAAUAUUGUCAACCAAUCAAAGCAGAAGACACAAAUUCUUUGUACUCAACAAAUGGAUCAAUAAAAACCACCAAUAUACCAAAACCUCCUGUCAGGAAUACAUUGAAGGUUUCUAUUCCAAGCUCCAAAUCUACUAGCUCAAAGCACAAAAGCUCGCAAUCUGCUGCCGACCAGUUGGGUGUGAAAAGUCACCCACCCAUGCGUGUCAAUGGAGUGGAGGAGGAGACUAGUGACCUUUGGGCGUUCCGUCACCUGACCACGGACGAGGUUCGAGCCAGGCAGCAGCACAGGCCAAGCUCACGUGAGCGCAGUCGUAAGGAGGAGGAGGAGGCCUACAGGAGACGCAGGCUUGAGCAAAUCUUUGAGGAGGAGAAAAGGAAGAAGGCGGCCCAGCAGCAGGCAGACAUUGAAUCUCGCAAGCACUCUGACUUCCUCCUGUCAAACCAACAUCCAGGGACAGUGCCCUCCCAGAAGUCGCCGAUCCCUAGUGACAGGUUUGAGGAGCCUACGGGUCGAUACGGGGCGGUCCCGGAUGAGAGAAGACGUGGCUUUCAGAUCCAUGGAAAGGCAAAAGGCUUGUUCAACUUCACAGCUCAAAAUAACAGGGAACUUACAUUUCGGAAGGGGGACAUUCUGUACCUGAUUAGAAAGGUGGAUGCCAACUGGUUUGAAGGAGAGAUAAAUGGCUGUGUGGGCAUCUUCCCUGUGAAUUAUGUGGAGAUUUUGACUUCCAUAGAGGAGGCAAACAGCGCUGCCCAGCAGUCAGAGGGGCUGGCACGAGCAAAAUACAACUUCACCGCACAGACUUCUGUAGAACUCUCAAUGAGAAAGGGUGAGGUUGUGAUUUUGUUGCGUCAUGUUGACGAGAACUGGUUUGAGGGUCGUGCAGGCAACAAGCAGGGUAUCUUCCCUGUGGCAUAUGUGGACGUGGUUCGUGCCCCCUCUACCCCCCUGGUCACCCCAGCACCCUCCGUCAUCACCACGCCCAUGACCGGCAGAGGCACACCUGAGAUGUUGUCGCCCCUUAGUUACGACGGAGCGCCCACUCCUCCGCCCCAGCCCUCCCCUGGAGCCUUCAGGUCGCCCCCCCAGGAUCAGCCCAUUCUUUCGGGCAGUCUUUUGGGCAACCACAAGCAACAAGUAUUCAGUCAGCAGGCCACUUCACCACAGAAAGCAGAGGAUCAGUUUGGACCGAGCAGCCACCAUGAUCACGCACCCCAGAGGCAGCACAACACUGCCCCUCCUCAUAGACAUCAUAAUGGCAGUCAGAGUCAGUCAAGGCAAGUGAAUGGAGGAUAUUCUACAUUGCCAACACAAAGCAAACGUUACGAAGGCUUUCAGAGCCAGCAACACUUCAGAAAAGACAAUGUUCCUGCCAUGCAAAUUACAGCCAAGUCUGUGUCAAGUCCUAAUGUGAGGGCGCAAGACCACUGCAGGAACAAUAACCAGGAGGAGGACCUUGCCUUGGCCAGCUAUCGUGCCAUCUAUGCGUACAAGCCCCAGAAUGAGGAUGAGCUGGAGCUGUGGGAGAAUGAUGAGGUGUAUGUGAUGGAGCGCUGCGAUGACGGCUGGUAUGUCGGAACAUCCGGCCGCACGGGCAUGUUUGGCACUUUCCCUGGCAACUACGUCAUCCGCACACAGUAGCUAAACCAAAGCCCAGUUCAUAUG